GCUCCUUCUCGCGCUCCGCUCCUGAUCCAUGUCGCGGGGGUGCCACGUGCACCAACCCUACCCGCCACAUCUCUCCUUCCUUCCUCCCUCGCUCCACUCCAACUCUAAUCGCCACACCUCUCCUUCCUCUCUCGCUCGACACCACAAGAGCCGCCUCCUCCCUCCUUCCUGCUCGUUCGGACAGCCGCCGGCCGCUACAUCCCUUCUUCCCGUUCCUCCUGCACCCCAACUCAAGAAGCCGACGGUGGGGAUGGAGAAGUCAGGUUCUCUACCUCUGUUGUUUCUUCUAUCGUGCUCGGUCCCCGAGAACCAGAGGCGUAUCACCACCCGCAGUGCCCCGCCCUCUCUCAGGUCUUAGAUCCGUUUUGGUUUUUAGCAGAGCAACAAAAGGCUCCUCCGAGCACCGCCCUCAUCCCCAAGGUAUAUUCUUCUGUUUCAGAUCCAGCUCUAAUCCUGCUGCAUGGCCACAAAAAAUAAUUGGCUUGCUCCCCAUGCCUCUGAAUGUUAUAGUUGCAUAAAAGUAGUAAGAUAUGUAUCUUUCUACUAAAUAUCCAGAUCUGGUUUUGGGGCAUGCCCGUAGAAAAAACAUGUUUGGUCGCUCCCCAUCUGUUUUUAUAUGUGCUUUGUAUAUUUGACAGUGUAUUUGGGUUAUUUCUUUCUCUGGAGGUUGGGCAUAUUGGUUGUCUUUU